GCCGGCAGCGGUCCAGGUGCGCGGGGCGGGGCUGCGGCUCGGCCCGCCCCGCGGCACCGAGGCGGGACCGGUGUCCGCCGCCGCAUCCCCGCCGCGACGGGCAGCGCGGAGUCGGCUGCGCUCUGCUCCGCUCCGCCGCCCGGCCAUGUCCCUCUGCAGGACCGCCUCGCAGGCGCUGGGCUCGCUCCUGAGCAGGGCUCCUGCCGCCGCCAGCCGCCUCAGGCAGCGUGGGCCUCCUCGCCAGAUGUCAUCUGGGAGUGUUCCUGGCUCUUCUAGAGACAGCAUGAUGAUCUAUCUGCUUGCUGGUGUUGCUGCUUUUGGUGGUUUAUUUUAUGCCUACAGAGUAGUCAGUUCACCCCGCAGCAAGUUUGUUGAACAUAAAAAUAUUCUUCCUGAGAGAGCCGAGGGGCAGAAAAGCAACCUGUGGUCAAGCAAGGAAGGUGAUGGAGAAGAGGUGGAUGAAGUCACUGGAGCAGAGAAGACCGUGGAAGAAGCUGAUGCAGCAGCUUCAGUUGAACCUGCAGCACAGGAUGAGAGUGCUGGACCCACAGCACAGGAUGAGACUUCUGGGGUGUCCCCAGAAGCUGGAGGGGAGAAUGACUUACUGGCUCCAGAGGUAUCCCACGCUAUGGAAGAAGCACAGCAGGAAGCUGCUGCUAAUUCAGAAGCUGCUGCUAAUUUGGAACUUGCUGCUAAUUCAGAAGCUGCUGCAGUUCAAGUUUCUGAGGAGGAGAAGACAGCUGAAGAAGUCGGUAAAGAGCCCUAAAGUAAACAGUGUGGACAUCUUUGAAAACUUUAAUGCAAAUAUUUGUGGCAAUUAACCAGCUGAUUCCUGUGUGAAACCUCUCUUCCUUGAAGACAUAAAAGAAACUGUGCAGUUUGUCCUACCACACAUUGGUCAUUAUGGCCAGUAUUCAGUGCUGAAGGAGAUGAACUGCAUUGCCUAGAGAAAUGCUUCUGUGACUAACAACUCUGCUGUAGAAAGUAGCAUCCAGUCAAGCCACUCACAUAAAUACCUGUGCUAAGAGAAGCAGCAUGAUGCCAGAUGAACUCCUUCUAUGUCUUUGUUGUCUGAUAUGUACGUUGAUUUCUUACUUUUGGUCCAAACUGUUGUGCAUAGUUAUACAUUUGUAACAUUCCAUGCUAAAAUGUAAGCAAAAGGUUUUAAAAUCAAGCCAAAAUAUUAUAAAAGUAACUGUUAGCAUUUUUAAAUUUGGAAAAUAACAACAUGUUUGCUCCUGAGUUUGGAUUUGUGAUUGUAAGCAUAGGAUAUCUGGCUGCACAUGACCUGAUUUUCCCCCUGCAUAAACAUUUCAGGUGCUACCAUUCCUUGCACAUUAACAUCCAGGAGUAAACAUUUUGGGAAGAAAACCUGUUCACAAGUAGUAGCCGUAGGUACUUCAUAGCCUGACAAUCAAAGUAGCACUGGUUGGCGUUUUCAUCAUGUAUCGAAGUGGUGGCUGGCUCCCGCCUUGGGUGUGCUGGGCUCUGCUCCUCCCAAAUCUCAUCCAGCUUGCUAGUCCUUUCGUGUUGCAUGUAGUGGUAGUGUAACAACACCAAAGCUUGGUAUAAACCUUCAAGUUGGUGCAAAUCACAAGCCCUUUAGGCCACGGCAAAGGCUGUCUCUAGAGCAUUUGUACACAGAGUGCAAAACCCCUGUGAAGGGCUGUGCAACAGGUCUUCAAAUGGACAGGCAUUCUUAGGGACUAGAAAAGAACCAAACAGCUAAAUAACCUUGUUUUCUCAGUAUUAGCUUCCUAAAAAACACAUUUAUUAUUAAUAACAGUUUGUUUGUGUCUUGGUUUGGAAAGACAGAUGUCUGCUAAGGAAGGCAGGAGCCUCCCCAAAAAUGGAAAAAAUGUAAACCCCCUCCCUCCAAAU